AUGGAUCAAUAAUUAGAAAAAUGGAAGUUGAAUAACUAAUAUUUUAUUAGAGAUAAAUAUUUUAAUCUCUAUAAGAAAUUUGGAAAUUAAGCCCUUAGAUAAUAAGAUUAAUUACAUUUCAAAAGACAACGUAUUUUUAGAAACACUUCUUUUAAAGAUAGAGAAAAAUUACCUUUGAUGGAAUAAUCUUCUAAAAAAUGUGAUUAUAGUCUCCCAGAAUUUAUCUAUCCUACAAUUUAAUAAGUUAAUACUAUUGAUGAAUAUAAUAAAAUAUUGUAAGAUAGAAUCAAAAGUAAUGAAUAAAAAGAAAGAAAUUAAUGGAAAUUGCCACCUUUAGAAAAAUAAUAUAAAGAAAAAUAUUAAUUAAAAAGAACAAUCUCAUAAGCUGAUUUAAAAAUCAAAUUGUAACAAAUGUUAUGA